GCCGCCGCCGCCAUGAAGUUCGUCUACAAGGAGGAGCACCCCUUCGAGAAGCGCCGCUCCGAGGGGGAGAAGAUCCGGAAGAAAUACCCGGACAGGGUCCCGGUCAUUGUGGAAAAAGCCCCCAAGGCCCGAAUAGGGGACCUGGACAAGAAGAAGUACCUGGUGCCCUCCGACCUCACAGUGGGCCAGUUUUACUUCCUCAUCCGGAAAAGAAUCCACCUGCGGGCCGAGGACGCCCUCUUCUUCUUCGUCAACAACGUCAUCCCCCCGACCAGUGCCACCAUGGGGCAGCUCUACCAGGAACAUCACGAGGAAGAUUUUUUCCUUUAUAUUGCCUACAGCGAUGAGAGCGUCUACGGCAGCAUGUAAGACCCCCGAGCCCACCGGCUGCCGCCAAGGGGCACCUGGCCCCGAAGGGACCUGCACUUUCUGUUGUUACUUGUUGUUGACUUUAUGUUAAAAAAG